GUCGACUGUGGCCAUCACCAUUCUCGCAUCCAUCGCCGUAGCCAGGAAGCCAUCUGAUAUCUUUCAUGUAAGUAUUUUUUUUUUCCAUCUGUUUACUGUUCUCUGUACAUUCGAUUUCUCGCUCCCGCGAUCUCCGUUUAUCUGCCUUCAAACCACACAAAUAACAACAGUAACACACACACACACACACACACACGCUAAAAGAACGCUGUGGAGGCGUGUCCUCUGCAACUUCUCCCUAACAAACUGCUGGCUGCGACGAAGACGGCCACAAGGGACGGUGGACGGCAUUGGGAAACACAAACAGUAAACGACCUGUUCUGGUGCCCGCGUGCCGGCGUUUCCCUUUCCUUCUUCGUAUUUCUUUUUCUUUCGGGUCCGCAUUCACGCCUGCAGAACGAAAGAAAACCCCUCUGCAAAAGCCCAAAAACAAAAUAGUAUAUGCGUAAAAGCGGUCAGCAGCCGUGACCAUCCCACCCCUGCUGCGACCGUAGCCAAACGGCUUCCGGCGCUGUUUUGAAGUGCUCAGCACGUAAAAGGAAAGGAAGAUUUUUUAGUAGACGUUAAGCUUGCUUCUUCGCGGCUUCAUCGUGUCUUGUAUCCAUUGCAUCGUACGAAGUAUAAAGCGUUGCCUUGGGUGCGACAUCAUCUUCUCUUGUGCGGAGUGCAGCUCUUUUAUUGUUUUGGAGGAACUGCUGCCGUACGCUUUCUGGAGAGCUGCCUUUGGACUGAAGCGUGUAUGAUCAUCGACUGAAGAAGGAGGAGGACAGCAGUUUUCAGCCGCGACGAGCCGCUCCGUUGAUCAACGCUUAGAGGUACACCCGCAUCGCUGCGUGCGAGUCCCCUCGUCCAUUACUUUUCUGUCUGUUUGUUUGUUUGCGCGCAAAAGUAUGUCGGCGGCGCCUUCACAGCGCAGAGGCCUGCCGCAGCCGGCAGCCGUGAGCAGAUCAGUGAACGACUCGGCGGUUGCGUCUGCCGGAGCAAGCGAGAAUACGGCCAAUCCGGCUGGCUCGCAAGGCAGUCACGCCGCGCGCACCACCACUUACGUCUUCACCAAGUCGGCAGCAGCGCCCUCUCUGCACUUAACCACCGCCACCGCCACAACAAAGACGAGCGCAGACCCUCGCCACGGCAACGAAUCGUACGUGGCUCGUCCCGCCGCGGCCACUUUCCCCUGGUUCUCUCGGCCCGUGGUACAACAACAAACACAACCACAAACCAGCAGGAUGAUAAUGCGGCCGACACACAACGAUGACAGCUGCGGCCGCGGCAACAACAGCAACUAUCACAGUGCUGCCGCUGCUGGCGACGAGACCGCCUUCGUGGACCUCGCCGCCACACCGGAGAAGCAGCGUCGCACACGCCUCGCAAGCGCGAUGCACGAGCAGAACAGCCACCUCGACACGCCGACAUCGUCCUCCCCGCAGUAUGUGGACCCGUCUACGGAUAACGGAGCCAAUUCACGCGCAGGGAGCUCGUCACUGGUGUUCGCAUUGAGCGAGGACAGCGAGUUAAAGGUGCUCGCGAGCCGCGUGGGGCCUCACGUGACGGUCGCCCCAACCAACCGAGCCGCCCCACCGACGGUGCUCCAUCGCGGUGGGAAUCACGGGGCGAGCCACACCGCAAAUCAAUGCCGCCCCGCCCCGUCCGACCUCCUCCUUACAUCGAGCAACGUGACCAGCGCCGCUUUGGCCGACGAGGUCAACGGAAGUGGGGCGUACCGACCCGCACCGGCGCUGCGUCAGCUGCGGCCUCACACCCCCAGCACCCACCGCGACGCUCGGGGACGGUGGGGGGGGGUUGGAAGGGAUACAUGA